UUUAUACAUAUAUACUUUGGUUACAGAUGCAAAGAAUGGCUUAGAACUUAGAUGGUUACGUGUUUUCUUUUGGGUUGCCCUUUUUUAUGUGUCUUAAUGUCUCAAAUUUAAACGGGAUUGCAAGUUUAGCACCCCUUGUUCUUAUUGUAAAUAGUUUGUGAGAGUUACCUUUAUUAAACCGUAUUCUUUAAUACAAGCCAGAGUAUAUAUAUAUAAAUGUAAUUUACAUAAAACCAAGACAUAAACUUAAUAAAUGUUUUCUGUGAGUUUUGGUUAAAGUUGUAAACUUCUCACUUCUUAAAUCUUUUUUGUUGUUUUAUAACUCCAGAUUUAUAAGCUAACCUGUAUUGUGCUGUCAUUUUCUACAGGAAAAAUGGUACGUUCGAAAAAACGAAAAAUAAGUGAUCCAGAUAAGAAUGUGAAUUUGAAUAAAGUGAAGAUACCAAAAUGUUCUGCAAACUGGAAAGUUCUUCAAAGUCAAAUUGAAGAGAAAAAAGUGAAAGAGGCUGCGGAAAAAGAAGAAAAAAUAAAGAAAAGAAAAAUAGACAAUGUUUCCUCCGAAAAGCAGUUUAAAAGAAAAGAUAAUAAACUAAAACCAUCUCGUAAUAUAAACAAUAAUUCAAAUGGAAUUAUUAAAAAAAAGAAAACAAUUUCCGAAGAUAUUUGGUUUGAUGGCGUGGACGCAAGUGAAAUAAUGGACUUAGAAAAUGGGGAGGAUGUAAAAGUAACUGGAAGUGCUGCCAACUCUACUGUUCAGAAUAAAUUGGUGAAAAAAGAUGGAUAUUCAGGGAUUACUAGGAUAGUUGCGAUGGAUUGUGAGAUGGUAGGGGUGGGAGAUGAUGGAAGGGAUUCUGUUCUUGCCCGUGUUUCGCUCGUUAACCAAUUCGGGAAAUGUAUUUAUGAUAAACACGUAAAAGCCCGGGAAGACGUUACCGAUUAUCGAACUUUUGUCAGUGGAAUUAGACCCGCUGAUCUUGAAAAUGCUGAAGAUUUUGAAGUUGUUCAGAAAGAAGUUGCGGAGAUAAUUGAAGGGAGAAUUCUAGUCGGGCAUGCUCUUUGGAACGAUUUUCAAGUCCUCUUUUUAAAUCAUCCAAAAAAAUGCAUCAGAGACACUGCAAAGUAUAAACCAUUCCGUAACCUCACUGCUGGCCGCUCACCAGGUUUAAGAAUCCUUUGCAAGAAGAUACUUGGUGUUGAUGUACAGAAGGGUGAACACAGUUCAGUACAAGACGCACAAGCAGCCAUGAGAUUAUACACAAUGCAUAAAAAACAUUGGGAAGCUCAAGCGUAUGUUAAGUUAAAUAAAAAAGUUAAAAAGAAACAACCAAACAACUAAUGACUGUGUGUCAUCCAAAUUUUAUUUUUUAAUUGUUGAAAAUCAGUGAUGAAGACUGAAUUAAACGGCUGAAUUAAUAUGUUGAUACGAAUAAUAAGUUUUUCUUUUCUAAAUUUUGUCAAAUUUUACAUUAAUAAUUCGUGUCUUAAUCUCGCUGUGUAACAUUUUUGAAAAAAAUUUCUACCAGCCGUUAAAUGAAAUGAAAAAAUAAAUUUGUUUAAAUUUUGA